AUGAGCGGCAAUAAUGUAAACAACUUGGACAUGAUAGAUGCCCAGCUGAUAUCUUUGGAGUUGAUCAGAAAAGAGAUACCAAAGGAUGGUGCAUGCAUGUUUAGAUGUAUAAGUGAGUUCAUUUAUGGUUGUCAACAACGUCAUCAAUAUAUUAGAGCCAAGUGUAUCGAAUACUUGAAGGCUCACAGAGAUAACUUUGAACCAUUCGCAUGUUUCAACAAUACAUGGGAGCACUAUAUCGACUCUAUGUCAAAGGAUGAUACAUGGGGCGGUGAGAUUGAACUACAAGCCCUCUCACUAUAUUAUAAAGUUAACUUCAUCAUAUACGUUGGUCAUUCAAUAACAAGAGUGGAUAAUCAGUAUCCAACUUCGAUAUCAUUGGCAUACUGUCAAGGAGAGCACUAUGAUCUGGUCUAUCCAAUCAGUCACAUGAACAAUCUCAAGAUGGUCCAAUCACUGAUAUACAAUAUCCUCGCCGAAUCAUCACUAUCUCUUGACACUCAAUCACAUGCUCAACAAUGGAGAAACAACUCUGUCAUAGGUUGGGAGGAAGAGACAAAGGCCAAACAACUAAAGGACAAGAAGAUUGCAGAGACAUUGUUAAUGAAUAAGCGAGUCUAUAUCAAUCCUGUGGAAGAGUAUCAAUUGAAGCAAAAGAAGAAACAACAACAGCCAAAGCAGCCAAACACUGAUGGCAACAACAAUCGAUCAAUCAAUAAGAGUGGUGAACCAGCAAUCAAUACUGAUUCACCGAAUGUUGUAGACACUAUUGUCGAGGACAACAGUAACAAGGACAUAAUAUAUCCAGCCAUGGAGAAUGAGGAAAUCGAUGAGGAGCUACGUGCAAUCAUCAAACAAAUUGAGCUCCAAGAUCUAGAGGAGCAAAGACAGCUUGGACAUCAGAAGCAUUUCCCUACUCUACAUCAAGGUGGAAACAAGCAACAAUCAAAGAAUAGUCCAAAGAAAAUGGUACCAUCACCAAAGUCUCCAGCACCAAUUGAUAGUGUGCCAACUUCUCCAGCAGCUGCUCAAACUACCGCCACCAAGACAGCUUCGCCAGCUCCGUCAUGGGGCACAAUCCAGGAUUGGUCCAAAAUUGAACCAUUACCAAUACCAGCUACUUCCUCGCCAACUACUACCCCUACUGCUCUGUCAACAUCAUCAGAUGGCUCUGGUGAUCAUGACACUCCAGUUGCUGAAGAGCCUGCCAAGGUUGAACUACCUCCCAACAUCAAGAUCACUUACAAGAAGGAUAAAAGGCAGAGAGGGAAGAAGAUUUAA